AUCUUAGUUACCAGGUCAUAAAAUCCCUUUAAAAAAUCUUCUAAUAAAAGUGAACAUAGUAGUUCCAAAAUAAAAAGUGGUUGCAGAAACACAAACAAUGUUUGUAUUUUGUUUUUAAUUUACUCUAAAAAUGUUAAAGAAUAUGUCUGACGAAGGCAGAAGGUCUGUACAUAUUGAACACAAGGUAGAACAUUUUCAGCAGCGUUAUUAUUGGGACUGUGGAGUAUCAUGUAUUAUCAUGCUACUCUCUAAUAAGCAACGAGAAGACUUCCUGGCACGGUUCAAUGAGAUUUGUGAAGAUGAAGGCUUUGGAGAGUCCACUUGGACUAUUGACCUGUGUUAUUUAUUGAAAAGGUUUCAUAUUAAGCAUUGCAUGUACACAAUAUUCCUUGGUGUUAAUGAAGAUUACAGGAGACAUGGUUACUACGAUAGGAUUAUGCACUUGGAUACACAACGGGUUUACAGUCGUUUUCGUGACGCCCUCGACUCGGGUGUACAGGCUGUCGAGCGAUCUGUCUCUAUGAAGGAGCUGGUCUCCCACCUCACUGAUCGGGGCCCGGCUAUAGUACUUGUGGAUGCGGGUCUGUUGUCGUGCGACUUGUGCAAACACAAUAAGCUGAAAGCAGAAUUCAGACGUUGCUUCGGCAGCAACUACUACCGCGGCCACUACGUGCUGCUCGUGGGCCACACCGCGCGCCGGCUGCUGUACCGCGACCCCGCGCUCUCCCCGCGCCUGUGCGCCACCGCGCCGCGCCGCCUGCAGCAAGCCCGGCUCACCAGCGGCACCGACCAUGACAUUAUAUUCAUUUAUAACAGUUACAGAUGAGCAAGUAGACCCGCCCACCUCCACCCGCCAUCGGAAUCUUACACAGAAAACGAUAUUCAUCAAAUAAUGACUGAAUUUUGCUAAUGUUAUAAUAAUAACCAGAUUUUUGUAAAUAUAUUUUAAUUAUUAAUAAA